ACCGGCCAAUCAAGUGCUUUUCUGCUCUUUUCUCAUCUUCUGUGCGUAUCGGGUCUGACGUGUUUAAUUUUAUCUAAUUUAUAGAGAGAGAGAGAGAAAAAAGUGAACUUCUUUUUUAACAAAAAAAAAAAAGUUUAUUAAUAAGAAUGGCAGGCCAAUGGAUACGCCAAGUUAUUUCCCCAAAAAUUGGAGGUGUUCGUCUUUACAGCAGUAAACUACAGAAAUGUACACUUAUUCCUGGAGAUGGAAUUGGGCCCGAAAUUUCAGCAGCCGUACAAAAGAUCUUCGAAUCUGCCAAGGUUCCAAUAGAAUGGGAAACGGUUGAUGUGACACCAGUUAGAGGUCCAGAUGGAAAAUUUGGAAUUCCACAGGCAGCAAUUGAUUCUGUCAAUAGAAAUAAAAUUGGCCUCAAAGGACCAUUAAUGACUCCAAUAGGAAAAGGUCAUAGAUCUCUGAAUCUCGCUUUACGAAAAGAAUUCAAUUUAUAUGCAAAUGUACGACCAUGUCUAUCAUUGGAGGGAUAUAAAACUCUUUAUGAUAAUGUUAAUGUUGUCACAAUUAGAGAAAACACUGAAGGUGAAUAUUCAGGUAUUGAACAUGAGAUUGUUGAUGGUGUUGUACAGUCUAUUAAGCUCAUUACUGAAGAAGCAUCAAGUAGAGUUGCUGAAUUUGCCUUUCAGUAUGCUCAGGAAAAUAAUAGAAAAAAGGUCACAGCUGUACACAAAGCAAAUAUUAUGAGAAUGUCUGACGGUCUAUUCUUGAGGUGUUGUCGAGAAGCAGCGAAAAAUUUCCCAAACAUUAAAUUUGAAGAGAGAUAUUUGGAUACUGUUUGUUUAAAUAUGGUACAAGAUCCAAGUCAAUAUGAUGUUCUUGUUAUGCCAAAUCUUUAUGGUGACAUUCUUUCCGAUAUGUGUGCCGGUCUUGUUGGAGGUCUUGGACUUACACCCAGUGGAAAUAUUGGCUUAAAUGGCGCUCUCUUUGAAUCGGUGCACGGAACUGCUCCAGACAUUGCAGGACAAGAUAAAGCAAAUCCCACAGCACUUUUAUUAUCAGCUGUAAUGAUGUUAAAACACAUGGGAUUGAAUGAUCAUGCAAGAAUAAUUGAGAAUUCCGCCUAUGAAACAAUCAAAGAAGCUAAAUAUCUCACUGGUGAUCUUGGUGGCACUGCAAAGUGCAGUGAAUACACUGAUGAAAUCUGUAAAAAGAUAUCUGCGCAGACAAAGUAAAAAAAACAACAAAAACAGCCUAAUUAGCCUUAUUAAUUGAGAACUGCCAAAUACUCGUAGAAAUCGUGUUCAUAAUAUGAGAGUGAUUUAUUUGUUAUUAAAAAAUACUCUCAUUUUCUUGUUCACGUAAAUACGAUGCAAUGAAAUUGCACACAUUUUUAUUGACAGACCGAUCAAAUUUCUACAAUUUAAUGAAAUAAUUGUUGGAACGGUCAAGAAUUGUUUCUAAUUUUUCCUUGUAGAAGUCACUUUAAAAAAAAACACAAAACAAAACAAUAUUCAUUGACGAAUUGCUUGUAAUAUUGAGUUUAGUAUUGAACUUUUCAAUUAUCAUUUAAUAAUGAUGACUUUGUAUAAUACAAUUAUCAUUAUUAUGGGACUGAAAGCGUUUUUUUUUUUGUUAACGCUUAGGUUUUCUUUUUGUCAUUUCGUAAAUAUGUCCGUCUCAUUUAAUUUUGAGUCCUCUAGUAGAUAAAUUAUUAUUAUAUAUUAAAUAUUAAUAUUAUUGUUCACGAAUUACCAGUGUAACAUAAUGUAUAAGAUGUGUAUAAUAAUUUUAAUUGAUUUAACACGCGAAAUAAUUGUUCUCGAUUAAAGAGAAACAGGCAUCGACGUGCUGUGCAGUAUUAUAUAUGAAAAAAUCAAUAAAAAUGUAGAAAAACAA